GUCCAUGACGUGUGAGUGUGUAUGUCGGUGUGUGAGAAUGUAUCUGUGUGACAGAAAGUGUGUGAGUGUGAGACAGCGAGCGCGUGUGCCGCCGGUCAACAGGUAAGACCGUGAUAGGAGAGCGUGACAAACCCGGACGCGUCGGAGCGAGUCGGAGCGGGUGGGUCUGUGUAAACCCGGACGGAGUCGGUUGGUCUGAAUAAACCUGGAGACGGCGGAGCGGGUCAGUCUGUGUAACGCCGGGCGGAGCGGGUGAGUCUGUGUAAAGCUGGACGGAGCGGGCUGGUCUCUGUAAACCCGGACUGUGGCUUGCCGGGGAAAUGCUCUGCUUAUUUCGCUGCUACGCACCGGGGAAAUUGAAUGCGCUCCACGGCCGGGUGAUGCGCGCUGCAAAGCUGUGAAGAAUGGUGCGUUUCCUGGGUCUGCUUCGGAUGCCGAGCUGCGGGGAUUAAGCAGCCUGCGAGGUGUCACUUACACGCUCCCCAUUUCUCCAGCCGGCUGCACCGCUUUGUCUUGUGAGAUUUGUAGGAAGGGCCAACCUCCUCCAUUUGGCAGCCGGAACACGAUUGGCGGCCGUUAGGCCCUCCCUUGGUGAGCAGAGACAGACGGAUGAGAGGUUGAGGGCUGCGGACAUGAGAGCGGGAAGGACGUGGCUGCUCUGGCUGGCUGCGGCUGCCACACUCUACCUCCUGGGUGAGUGGAGGCCUCCUUCUGCCUCGGCUGCCACACUCUACCUCCUGGGUGAGUNGAGGCCUCCUUCUGCCUCGGCUGCCACACUCUACCUCCUGGAAUACACCCAUGAUACAGAGGCCAUGGUUCAUGCCAGGGUGGCUGGGGCAGCAGACCUCGCAUGCAACUCUGGAGUCCCCAGUUUGACCAGUGAUGCUUCCUCUGGCCGGAGCCCACCCCCUGUAGACCCCACCCCCUUGCACGUGGUGGAAUGGCUCCGGCAGGGAUACAAUGUUCCCAUACUCAUCAAAUUCGGGGUCCACGCACCCCGUGUGCACCCCGACUAUGAGGGUCGUGCUACCCUGACCCAUUUGAACUCUCUGAGGGUGGACCAUCUUCGCCUACAGGAUGAGGGCUGGUAUGAGUGCCGUAUCCUGCAACUGGACAGACUUGCAGAGGACUCUCGCAAUGGCUCCUGGAUCUUCCUGUCUGUUGCAGCUCCGCCCGUGUUCAUCAAGACUCCACCCCCCUCCCUGGAGGUCCUGCAGGGCGAUUGGCUGUCCCUCGCUUGCAGCGGCCAUGGCAACCCCACCCCAGCUGUCACCUGGAGGAAAAGCCACACGGCAGCUGAUGGAAGCGCAACACAGGAUGCGCCUUUAAAUGUGUCCAACGGAACCUUGUCUUUCGGGGCUGUGUCCCGGGCCAUGGCCGGGGAGUACACAUGCAUUUUGGCCAACAACGAGGGCCAGCUGAGCCACUCCACGCACCUGAGGGUCAAAGGUCCCCCAGUCAUCAUAACUCCACCUGAGGACACAGCUCUUAACAUGUCCCAGGAUGCAUUGCUGCAGUGCCAAGCAGAGGCCGACCCCCCCAACAUGACCUACGUAUGGCUGAAGCAGGAUGUGAACGUCUACCACGUUGACUCUCUCAAGUCACGCGUGAAGAUCUUGGUGGAUGGAACCCUCCUAAUACAUAACCUCCUCCCAGAGGAUGCUGGGAACUACACCUGCAUGCCGACCAAUGGACUGCUGACAGCACCCACUGCUUCUGCCUACCUCACUGUAAAGCAUCCUGCACAGACACUGUGGAUGCCCAGGGAGACCUACCUCCCCACCGGAAUUGGGGGGCGCAUUCCCUGCCCUGUGCGAGCUGAACCCCCACUGCUUUAUGUGAUCUGGACUAAGGAUGGGGAGCCCCUGGACUUGGAGUUGUUCCCUGGCUGGACACUGGACUCUGAGGGCGCUGUCCUGAUUGCUGCAGCCAAUGACAAUGCACUGGGAGUGUAUGCCUGUACCCCCUAUAACAGCUACGGGACGAUGGGCCAAUCGGAUCCCACCACCACAGUCCUGCAGGACCCCCCCACAUUUUCAGUCAGCCCCCAGGAGGAGUACAGACAGGAGGUCGGCAGAGAGCUGGUCAUUCCCUGCCAGGCAGAUGGAGACCAAUAUGUGAACAUAACCUGGAGGAAGGUCGGAUCCAGCCCCCGUUCUCCAUAUAUUGUGGCAACCAACGGCUCCCUGGUGCUGCGACCACUCAGCAAGGACCAUCAGGGGGUGUGGGAAUGUAGUGCCGCUAAUCGUGUGGCUGCUGUUACCACGGUGACAGAGGUCUUCGUGCUGGGCACCAGUCCUCAUGCUGUAAGCUCAGUGUCCGUCGUUCCCGGGACUGAUCGAGCCAACGUGUCCUGGGAGCCUGGCUUUGACGGCGGCUUCGUCCAGAAGUUCACUGUUUGGCUAAAGCAGGGCUCCACAGGGAGGCAGGAGUGGACUUCACUACCCGCUUCCUCAUUCACGUCCAGCUUGUUGGUCUUGGGGCUUCUGUCUGGCACCAGCUACCAGUUCAGUGUGCUGCCUCAGAACCAGAUGGGAACAGGACCAUUCAGCGAGAUUAUCACCGUCAGAACUCUGGUCCCUAUUGCAGAUCCUCCCUUAGUGCGGGCUAAAAUUCCAAACUUAGCACCACCUACAUCACUCGUAGCCAAUCGGAGCUCAUCGGGACUUGUCCUACAAUGGUCACCACCAAUUCCCCAGUAUCCACCAAUCAGCGGCUUUGUCCUUCAAGCCCGGCAUGAUGAAGGGGAUUGGCUAGUUCUGGAAAGGGAUAUCAGUCCCAAUGCAAGCGAGUUGCUGGUGCAAGGAUUGCUUAAGGACUGCAACUAUGAGCUCAGGAUGUUUUCUCGGCAAGAUGAGCUGGUGGGGGAGCCCAGCGUGUCAGUCAACAUCUCCACCAGGGGAAUGGAGGCAUACCCAGCAGAACACGAGGUCCGCGACCUCGUUCCAGAGCCACUGCUGGCUGGUGUAGCUGGAGGUGUGGUUUUCCUUUGUGUAGCUAUUCUCUUCUCCCUGGGGAUGGCUUGUGCAGUGAGAACCAGGAGGAAAAGGCGGCGGAGGAAGAGGCGGGAAGAUCUUCAGAUAGCCCUGCACAAGAGUCAGCUUGCUGAGAGUAGUUUGUCCCGGCAAAGUCCAGAUAGCAUCCUGAAGAUGAAGAUGUCCCCAGGCACCAUCUCCCAUCCAGGUUCUUCGCCCUCCCAGUCUCACUGCUUUUCUUUCGACAAGAUCACUUGUGAAUUCCAAGACCACAAGCAGGACCAGCGCCUCCUCUCCAGCCCUCCACCUCGCUAUACUUUUCCGCAAAGCCCCCCAAUUGGAUUGUGUUCCUCCGCUACCCUGGAGUCCAUCUCCAGAGGUCCAGAUGGCCGAUUUGUUCUCCAUCCCUUAGAGAAUAGCCCCCCCGACACACCUGAGGAUAAGCAAGAUCUGAGGGCAGACUUCACACAAAGCUCUGAUGCAGGCAGCAGCCAUGCAUCUCAGCUAGACUCUCUAAAGUCAGACUCCCCACGGUCAGAGAAGGAGCAGAGGAAAAAGACAUCUCCCAUUUUCACUGUGGAUUUGCCUGUGCCAGUGGGUCGAGUGCGAGGCCUAGCCAGGAACUUCUCUGAACAUGCACGCUUAUACCAAGACCAUAAGCAAGGCUUGACUGAGGGAUUGCUGGAGCAGUCACACUCCGAGGGCAAAGAGGACCGCGUUCGGGAUUAUGUGGAGCAUCUCCGGGAGGUCAUCCCGGACCUGAGCAGACUGGAGAAGGACCCUGUGUACCUACCUCUGGAAAGGGAUGGUCGACUCACUGCCACGAGCACUCUGGUGAUGCAGAUGGAGCAUGAACGAGAAAGGGGAAACCUUGCCAAAUGUCUGAAACUGGCACGUGAGAGGGAGGAGCUGGAGCGUGAGCUGGAGCAGUACACAAGCAGCCUGAGGGUCCGAGCCUGGCAGAGUGACUCACCGGACCAGCAGCCAAUAUGGAAACGACGCAAUGCCACCCUUCCUCGCAAGAGUAAGCCUGCCUUUCAUCUGGGAAGCACAUGCAACACUCUGGGGAAGAAAGUGUCUUCUGCAUACCUGCUGCAAGAUGUUACUCCCCUUACCUCAUUCACCAGUCUGGUUCCUGUCCAGAGCUCCAUGGAGAAAGCCAGACCUUUUAAGCAGCUGCUAAGGACACAACCACAAGGGGAUGACACUGAUUGGGAGGGCUUAUCUCAGUCCUCCUUCUCUAAGCGGACCUCUCCCUCCCACCGCUUACCUAUUUGUGAUACUGCUGUCCUUCUGCCUGAGUACUUCAGCAGCAGACAGAGGUGUCCAAAUGAAAACUAUAGCUAUGGGUGGAAGGAAGAAGCUGAACACUGUGAUGAUAGUGCCAAUACAGGCACCCAGCCUGCUGAGCUAGGACCAAUUUAUAGUUCCCAGCAAUCAAACUUCAAACCAAAGUCUACCACAGACAGAUUUAACAUGGACAAAGAAUCGGACUCAGGUCCACUGUGGAAUCAGUUGAGCCCUUACCCAGAGCCUUCCCCUCCAAAAUCAAUUCUGGAAUACCUGAACCUCCCAGGGUUUGUAGAGAUGAGUGUUGAUGAACCAGUAGCAGAAUCAGACACUGCCACCUCCAAAAACUGCUGUCCUUCCUUGGACCAGGAAUGUUGGACAUCCCUGCAAGGUGAACCAGAUGUGGUUCCGAAGGAUUGGAGUACUUAUACACAGGACAGUCCUAUCAGAGACACAGACCAAAUAGGGGAUAUUUUACCAAGUGGAAAUUCUCAAAUUUCCAAAAUUCAGGGUAGUGAGUUACCCUCCAGGAUAUGCAUAUCACCAGUGUCAUUUUUGAAGGAAUCAGUAAUAUUAGAUCAGUUUGGUCCUGAGAAAUGUUCAUCGAAAAAAUCUGCCUCUCAAGAAUUUCUAGACCCAAAUGCUUGGAUUGACUCUUUGAAUCAGAGCCAAGCUUGUGCAUCUCCAUUCUCAUCCAGGUCAGUCACUGAUUUACACAGGCAGCCAGAAUGUUCCACAUCCACAGACCAACAAUCAUCAAACCACAGUCAACAGGCCACCCUUUUCUCUGAUGCUUCCAAGUGGCCCACAUCUUACCAGGAGGCUCUGACAUCUGUGCACCACAAACUGACCCCACUCAGAUCUUCAGUCUCCCUUGGCUCCUCCAGGCUAAGCACAGAGAUGGGUCGACUGAGACCUCGAGAUGCUGCAGUUAAGCCAACAAAAGCUUUCCGGCCAACGGGAUACAGCUUACCAUCACGGGGGCAAGUCUUCUUCCAUCAAAGAGACUCUGAAAGUGAAGGAGAAGAGGUACGGGAGCAGGGGAUGGAGCUGGAGAUCGAGAUUGGGGGCCGCAAAGAGGACAAGGAAGAACGGGAUAGCUUUGCCAGUCAGAGUAGUGGUAGGGGCAGCUUGGGGCCCACCGGCACCCAGCCUGUCUCUCCAACGCCAACCCAACCUGGCUGUGUUGGUAUCCCUGGCCAGGGAAAAGGACUUAUGGAGCAGCUGGGUAUGCAGCCUAAGAGCAGAGGGAGAAGGACUUCAGGAGAUGAAAGCUAUGAAUGGGACUCAACUGACUCCUGUCCAGAAUCCAUCAUCACGAAGACAACAGGGCUUAGCUACAUGAAGGACAGCAUGGCAGAUGGACAGGAGCCGAAGAUGACCACCCGCCCCCAUGCCGCCAUGGACUCCCAGAGCAAAUUAAGCAGUCGUGCAGGAACCCAUGGCCCUGAAGAACAUGCUUACACUCAACCAGACUACCACACCCUCCGGCGUGUCACACGGCGGCAAAACUCCUUUCCAGUGCAGAAUGAGCCCAGCACUGCAUCCUUUUGAGCACUGUGAUUUCCUGGACAGUCUUAAUUGACCUCCUUCCUGCACAACACCCUUUGCUCACUCAUUUCUUGGUCUGUUUCGACAUAAUCCCAUACUCUUUUGUGGUGUCUGCCUUUGUCCUGCUGUUUUGUUUUGUGUUGCUUCGAAUCUCCAUGUUAACUAAGUUUUAUUUACUUUGGUUGUUUCAAAACAGGGAACAAGUGGGCCCUGUGACAACUGAUUCAUCUGAUGGCAGAAUUUAAUGUCACCAGGUGGGGGUUAACUUGAUAGAGCCUCAGGGUACUGACUGAAUAGCUGUGCUAGAGAAAAGAGUGGAGUUAAGACCAGGGCUGUUGUACCAUGGCAUGCUCUGGAUCUCUUCGGUUAACCCAACAGUAUGGCAUUCACUGAUCUGGGACCCAUGUAAAGUGGAUACCUGUCCAAGAAAGAAGCUUUAUUUAGGCAAUUAAGAUAAAAUGGAAAGAGGGAGCAGUGUGAUGGUGCACUGGUUAGCAUGGUGACACAGCUCUGGGACCAGGGUUCAAGUCUUAGCCCUGGCUCUGUGUGUUACGCUUGCAUGUCCUCCCUGUGUCAUCAUGGGGCUUCCUCUGAGUUCUCCAGGUCCUGCCCCCACAGUCCAAAGACACGUUAAAGUUACCAAUCUGAGUGUGCGUUUGCAUGUUGGCACCCCAUCCUGGGUUAAUCCCUGCCUUGCACCCGUAGCUUACAGGACAGGCUGUAUGACCCUGAAUAGGACAAGCAGGGAUGGAGAAUGGGGGGGGGCUUUUGCCAGGGGCUGUUCAUCAGCACCACAUAAGCAAGAGCUUUGUGCCACCCUCAAAGCCUAAGGCCCUGGGAGUUCUCUGUUCUGUAAAACCACCCAGUCAUUAGCUCCCUUCCUGUUUUCCUCCUUCCUUACAUCCAUGUUUUUGUGCCUUGAAAAGUCCACAUGGUUCGACACACAGCCUAUUACGGCAAGCUGAUUUUGGUUGUUGACAUAAGUGUUGACAUCAACUCCAGAUUAAUGUUUUACCACAAUCCCCUUAAAUUUUAAUGUAUACCAUAGUAGAUGGUAAUGGAUAAUGUCAUGUGAUUAUAGAUGGUUCCUUUGUCUUUCUUCACUUCACUGCCACAAGCCACAGAGGUAUAAGCCCCUCAGCCUGUGCCAUAAAGGGCAAUAAACGGGAAGAGAGUGACCUUCAA